GCAACACGUUGGAGUAUAUUAGUGUAAAUAAGAAUGUAAAACUGUUGCAAUAAUUCUGUGUAAAGGGAAAAUGAACACUACCGCCAUCUUGCCAGGAGCUGCAAAUAGCACACAGACAGUAUUUAACCGGUUAGAAGCUUGUCUGCUGACAGUUUCAUGCGAACAUGACGAUCUGAGUAUAUCUGCUGUUAUCGUGGCUUUCGCCGUACUGGCACUCUUGGAAAACUGCGCUUUAGCUGCUGCAAUCUUAACAUGGAAGCUCGGACAUGCUUGCAAGAUGUUUUGGUUUCUGUGGCAUCUUUCCGUAGCAGACGGAAUGCUAGCAGUGACUUUUGUGUUUUUUCACACGAUGGUAAUCUUGUCGUGCCCCAACCAUUUCAGCUGCCAAAGUAACAGCUCCGUACAGUCCACCGUGGUUUUCGUCAUGUUCUUCGCUAAUAUUUUAUCCUCACACUUAUUCGUGCUGGCUGCGACACUGGAUAGAUUUAUUGCCAUCAAACAUCCAUUACGCUACUCCGAACUUAUGACAAGCCGAAGAGUGAGAAUCGUAUCUUUGAUAAUCUGGGUUGUAUCUUUCCUGAUACCGAUCGGUGGCGGUUUAGGUUUAAAUUUUGGAAACAGCUCGAUCGCUUACUCGGUGACCACAUUAACAGCGGCCGUCAUAUCACUAACGGCAGCAGUAGUUGUCAUCGCACUUAAUAUUUGGAUGGUCAAGUUCGCUAUUUCGAUAAUUAUGUCAAUGCAAACUCCGCCACCUUCGACACAACACCAGCCAUCCAGACCCAGCAUCGUACCAAACAUCGGUAUUAUUAAUGAAAGCUUGAAACCUGCCACAACCCUUGCCUUGUUCGUUGUUUCCUUCAUUGUGAGUUGCGCACCAUGGUCGGUGGCGUUAAUCGUAUGCGAAGAGGUAAAGAAAUGUACAAUCAAGCAACACCAAGACUACACAUUGGUGUUGGUUCUAUUCCACGCCAUAGUCAUUCCUUUUAUAUAUGGAUUCCGGGUAGAAGAAAUUCGACACAGAGUGAUCAUUUUCUGGAAGAGGGUGUUCGAUCGAGCGCCUCACCCGGCAGGUGUUUAUAGAUAGUAUUUGUCGGAAGGUGGCGCCAAAGGUUGAGUGACGAUUUUCGAUAAAAGGCUCAAUAGGUGUCAGGUUUUCGAUGCAGAGUGUAACUCCUAUUCGACAUGCAAGAUUUUCGUUGCACUGUGAGGAUAAAGUUCGUUGGUGGCUUGUAUUUUAAAUACGAUCAUUCGUCGCUGAUAUUUUGUUCCAUUUUAUCGCUUGUUUGUGUGAAUAAAACUGCUUUAUCCAUUUU